AAGUAGUUCAGAACUACUCUGAUACGUAAAGCCCUUUCCUCACAGCCACUUCAAGAUACACGCUGGGUCCUCUGUCGAGCAUGGAGUCGACAUUACCGCCAUUGAAUCCUCUGCUAAAAGUCUCCGGGAAGCGGACUUGGGACGUCUUUGCAUCGUGCCCAGAUGAUAGCAUGAAGGAUGACGAGAAGAGUGCUCGCAUACGUCUGUCUGUCAAAAUCAACGACGAGUACCGGGACGUGAAGGAGCUGCCUGCACCACUACUCACCCAGCAAGGCCAGGUGGGUCCUGCAAGGCCAAAAGAGCCGAGGAAGAUGAUCACUGCCGGCUCGACCCCAGAUGCCUCACUCAUAAUUGCCCAAAUAGACAACACGCCCACACAUACCCCAUCGACAUUUACGUCUAACUCGAGCCUCACAAAAGCGCUUCAGCUGCACAAGACAACACGGACGAUCAAGCCAACAUACCACCCACCGUGGAAGCUCAUGCGUGUCAUCUCGGGGCACCUGGGCUGGGUACGGAGUGUUGCUGUGGAACCGGGCAACAAGUGGUUCGCGACGGGUGCGGGGGACCGUGUCAUCAAAAUUUGGGAUCUGGCGUCGGGCGAGCUGAGGUUAUCGCUGACGGGACACAUAUCGACGGUGCGAGGACUUGCGGUAUCGUCGCGGCACCCGUACCUAUUCUCGUGUGGAGAAGACAAGAUGGUCAAGUGCUGGGAUCUGGAGGCAAACAAGGUAAUUCGGCACUACCAUGGACACCUGUCCGGGGUGUAUGCAUUGAGCCUGCACCCAACACUCGACAUUUUAGUUACUUCAGGCCGUGAUGCGUCCGCACGAGUAUGGGACAUGAGGACGAAGGCGCAGAUCCACGUUCUCGCUGGGCACACUGCCACUGUUGCGGACGUCAAAUGCCAAGAGUCCGACCCACAAGUCAUCACUGGUAGUAUGGACUCGACUGUUAGACUAUGGGAUCUCGCGGCAGGGAAGACUAUGGUCACCCUGACGCACCACAAGAAGUCGGUCCGUGCGCUAGCGAUACACCCAACGGAGUACUCCUUUGCAUCCGCUUCUGCUGGCGGUAAUAACAUCAAGAAGUGGAAGUGUCCGGAGGGCACCUUCGUCUGUAACUUUAGCGGGCACAAUGCCAUCAUCAACACACUCUCGGUCAACUCUGAGGGCGUCCUUUUCUCCGGAGGCGAUAACGGAACCCUGACGCUCUGGGACUACAACACUGGCACUGCGUUCCAGAACAUGGACGAUAUCCCGCAACCAGGCUCUCUCGAAGCAGAAGCUGGUGCCUUCUGCUCGACAUUCGACGUCACGGGCACGCGUCUCAUCACCGGUGGCGCUGACAAAACCAUCAAGAUCUAUGCGGAACAGCCACCUCAGCAAUAGUUGCGAUUUUAAUGUAUUACAUGAGUCUAUACUGUGCUGUACGCUACUUCCUUCAUUAAGAGUGACUAUCCGCGGU